AUGUACCGCAACCUCCGUCCUGCUGCCCUGAACAUGUUCCUGGUUCCUGGGCUGCAUCUGUCGACGUCGAAGAGCCGGUGCCUGCUGACCUCGAGCAAGGGCGCCAAGCCGCGCCCGCCAGAGCUGGAGCACUGCGGCGUGACGGGUCACCGCAUUGGGUCGAUGAGCAGCAGCAGCACGUCGGCUGACGGCGAGAGUCUCAGGGCCUUCAGCCCGCCGGACGGAUCCAUGUGUGAGCUGCUGGGUGCGGACCAGGACGAGGCCUCCGACUCCGUGGUGGUCGAGCCCUGCGAGCCCACCGUGAUGGACCAGUGCGGGCCACCCUUGCCGUGCAGCAGCGUGGUGGUGCGGAGUUCCGUCGGGGCCCCAGCGCUCGGAACUGCAGUGCCUUGCGAGGCGGGCGCGGUCGACGACUCGGAGCCACCGUCGCCGUUUGGCAGCAUUCUGGUGAGGACCGUGCGCCAGCCUGCAACGCAGCCAGAGCGGAGACGCGGCUGGGCCGCGGAGGCCCAGGCGGUCGAAGUCUACGAGGUUGGCGCGGCGGGCCAUCGUGAGCCUGACUCGCCGUUCGACAGCAUGCUGUUGCGUGCACAGCGCCAGAACGCCUUCACCCGCAGCGUUCUUGUUCCUGCCGCUGCGUGA